UUUUUCCCGCCGUGACGUAAUGCCGUUCCAUUCACUGCGCAUUGCAGCUGCUUAGACGGAAACACGGAGGCUAAUGUUUUGAAAUACGGCAAUGCCUUAGAAUUUUAGACGCAAGAAAAAUGGUAUAAAAUGCUAUAGAACGUUCUUUACCAGUUGCUGGUAUUGGAAUGAGAGGAAUAACCCCGUCAUGUGCUUUAGAAAUAUGUGCACAAACCCAACAGUCAGUAAUGGUCAUUUUGUAGUUUGUCUGAUCUUAUUACAUGAACCUACAUGCAGAUAAUCUGAUUUCACUUUAAUGCAUUCUGAUUUUGGGAAUGAUGAAGAACUCCCUUCACUGCUGUGGGGUCUUGAUCCUAUUUUCUCUGCCUACACUAAGCUGUACAUUAAAGACAUCCUCGAGAUAAAGGAAUCCAAGCACAUCCCAGGUAUAUUCUUUUACAAUUCACACCCAAUAAGUAAGGUGGAUGUCUUUGGAACUGUGGUUCUGACCCGGGAAAAAGAUCAUUUUUACACAUAUGGAGGUGAUAUUUUGCACCUGAUAAAACCAGAAACUGCUGUUACUGUUGUCCUGUGGCGUUCUGUGUGGAUUAAAACCAUUUUUUUAACCUUGGAUUUUGAGACGACUGGUGGAGUGUUUUCGCUUAUUGUGGAUGAUGGCACAGGAGUUAUAAGUUGCACUUGCUGGAAGAACAUAAGGCCGAAUGAGGGUCUGCCAACAGGCAUCAGUGCCCACCAGACUGUAUCUGGAGGUCUCAACAUUGCAGAGCAGCUGAGGAAGCUGCAGGAGCAUGAGCAGAAGAAUUCAAAACUGGAUAUUGGUGAUGUCAUCCAGGUCCGGGGACAGAUAAAAGUCUUUCGAGGACAACGAGAAGUAGUAGCACAAAGCUAUAGUAAGGUAGACGAUCCUGUAUUUGCAGUACAGAUUGCAAGGAUGCUGGAAGUGCCUUCUCUUUAUAGAAAUUUUUAUGACAAGCAGUUUCAAACUCAUCAGGUUCUGGAAAAUGACUCUCACCUUUCCAGAGGUCAAGAAGUCAGCAAUGUGUCAGUACAGGCUGAGAGAUUAAGUGAGAAGAUCUCGGACUUUUUGCAAGAGAGCAACAUAGAAAACUUCUACCAGCGUGAGCUGGAAAUUGUAGACUCCUUGACUGCUUUUGCCAGCAAGCCUUUACCAAGUUCCUCCUCAGCAGUCCAGGAAUACUUAGAACCAGGUACAACAGGAAGACAGAUACGUAGCCUGUUCCGAGAAGCCCUCUUGCUGCUGCAACAAAAGGGAGUUGUUUUCCAGAAAGCUACCAGACCAGAUGAAGUAUACCUAGUAACCGAUAAGGACAAAGUCUUGCAUAAGGUAAUCCUAAACACUAUACAGGAAGACUGCAAAAGGGAGAAAUAUGCUGAGAAGGGUUGUCAUUUUCUCCAUAUUUUUACCUGUGCCCGGCAGGCAUACAGUCCUUAUUUAACCAGCACCAUAGUGAAGAGGGUUUUGGAUAAACUGGAGAGUGGCAGUGAUAUUGUCAGCACAAUGGAGGGAUACUACACAGCAUUCUGAGAUGUUAUAUUUACAGCUUACAAAACAAACCUGAGACACUCCCCAGUGUCUCUUAGAGACAGUUGUUUAAUCCAUUAGACAAAGUAUGCACACAGCCUCCUGGUAGGCUGUCAUGCAACUACCAAGGUCUAGAGCUGCAGAAUGGGAAGAUGGGAAGCAAUGGAAAACUGAUGUCAAACAAGUAAUGUUUGAUUUGGAAGUGAUAACUUUCCCCAUUUGUGUUUUAUAAUGUUUCAGCUUUUAUUUUCUUUCUGGCAAUCAGAUGUGCAAGUACCAUGGAAUAGCUUAAGAAAGAUGAAUUCUCAUUAACUACUGUCUUAUUAGAUCAUUUAAAUCAUGCUUGGGGGAGCUGUUGUGGAACUCAAUCCCAGAUUACCUGUUUUUUUGCAGUAAGGAGUUGCAUGCAUUAAUAAUAAACCAUUUGUAAACAUGGUAAAAGUCAAGACUUCGUGUAAAGUUUUAAAUUCUUCUGUUUUUUUUAUUAGCAGCAGUACUACCACCUGGACAGGCAUAUAUGCACAUUAUUCCCACAAAUCUCCCAUUGUUUACACUGCAGUGUAUGAAGAUAGUUAUUUAAAUUUUGUUCAGAAAUCUCUGUGUGAGCACAGAUGGAAUAAUGCUAAUUCAGCAAAAAUGUAUCAUAGCUACUACUGAGAGAGGAAAGUGGGUUGUGAAAGUAUAGUCCCUGUGCUACAGGCAUCAGUGUCCUGUGUCAGCAUUAGAAACCUGCCUGUGUAUACAGAGUUUUUGUUUUGUUUGGCAUAGCUUUUAAAAUGCUGUUUUAAUGCAUUGUUUGAUAAAAUAUAAGUGCUGUGUUUGAUAAGUAAAGCAUGGAUCCUUUGCUACUAAUGGUUUAGGAGAUGCGCUGAUGAUUUCUUGCUAUUUUUUUAUUACCUAUUGCAUCUUUGAAGCCAGUAUGUUCUCCUUCUGUCAAUAAAUGUAUUUUUGCAGCAAUUAUAAUAAUUUUAUAUAAUUCAGAUAACUAUAUACAAAAGAAAAGAACAUCAUUACAAAUAUAUCGAUCAAGUCAACAAAUUCAUAAUACAAUAAAUUCAUUUUUAUAA